AUGAUUGUUCGAGUGGAAGGUUGGGAGACAACUUUUGGAGUAACAGUUUGGAAAAUCUGGAAUGGCCGGAAUGAUUAUAUAUUUUCUGGCCGAGAAGUGGUAGUCCCGCACAAGCUGCGAGAGAUAUGCCACUAUACGAAGAAUAUUGAUCUUCUUGUCUCCGUUGAGAAGCGGUUAGGUGGUUCGGGUAUGGGGCGACAAGUUCAAUGGAUAGCGUGGAGUGUUCCUUUACCGAGCGAAGUUAAAAUAAAUACUGAUGGUUUGCUAAUUCGGUCUUCAGGGAUGGCAUCGGCAGGUGGCCUGGUCCGGGAUAAGGAAGGUCAUUGGCUGGGGGGUUUCGUAAUGAAUAUUGGUUAUGCUACUAUUACAGGAGCCGAACUAUGGGGCUUAUUCCAAGGCCUCGGGCUAGCUUGGAAACUGGGAUACAACAAAGUUGUUGCGGAAGUGGACAAUCAAAGUGUUGUUAGUUUGGUGAUGACUAACUCGUAUGAGAGUUGUGGAGUUAAUGAUGCGAUCGUUUGGGCAAUUCAAGAACUGUUGCGAAGGAGUGGACCAGGAUGUUCAUCAAUAGGAUAUGGAGCAUCUGAGGAGAUUGGACCAUUCAGAAUCAACAAAACUGCUUCUUCUCUCUAUCUCAACAAAUACUCUUGGAACAAAGUGGCAAAUAUCCUGUUUCUUGAGUCACCAGCUGGUGUUGGUUUCUCUUACACAAACACAAGCUCUAAUCUUAAGGAUUCUGGGGACAAAAGGACAGCUCAGGACGCGCUGAUUUUCUUGAUAAGAUGGAUGGAUAGAUUUCCACAAUACAAAUACAGAGGCUUCUAUAUCUCAGGGGAGAGUUAUGCAGGUCAUUACGUUCCACAACUAGCACGGGCAAUACACGACUACAACGAGAAAUCCUCCAAACCAAUCAUCAAUCUCAAAGGAUUCAUCGUUGGGAAUGCGGUGACAGACAAUUACUACGACAACAUUGGGACAGUAACAUACUGGUGGAGCCACGCCAUGAUAUCGGACAAAACGUACAAAUCGAUUUUGAAAUCGUGCGAUUUCAAAUCGCAAAACACGUCCGAGAAAUGCGAUAAUGCGGUGAGUUACGCGAUGAACCAUGAAUUCGGGGACAUUGAUCAAUACAGCAUUUAUACACCCACAUGCAAGGCCGCUGCAAACUCACAAAAGAAGCCAAAGUACUCCCUAAGGCUUAAGAACAGCUUAAUCAGUCAACGGUUUUCUGGGUACGACCCUUGUACCGAAAACUAUGCCGAGAAAUACUACAACAGGAUGGAUGUGCAGAAGGCCCUGCAUGCAAAUUCUACAGGGAUCCCUUACAAAUGGACAGCUUGCAAUGAAGUACUUUUACGGAACUGGAAGGACAGUGAGAUAUCAAUGCUGCCGACCUACAGAAAAUUGAUAGCUGCAGGGCUUAGAAUAUGGAUGUUCAGUGGGGACACAGACUCGGUUGUUCCGGUAACUGCAACCAGGUUUGCUCUAAGUCAUCUCAAUCUCAAGAUCAAAACUCCCUGGUAUCCUUGGUAUUCUCAUGGCCAGGUUGGAGGAAGAACUGAGAUAUACGAAGGAUUAACAUUUGCGACAGUGAGAGGAGCAGGACAUGAGGUUCCUCUAUUCGAGCCGAGGAGAGGUUUCGAGCUUUUCCAGGCAUUCUUGUCAGGGAAGAGCUUGCCAAAAUCUUGA